AUGUCCUGGGAUAGCUCCCUUGAUCCUAUCUCCAUGUCCGGGGAUGCUCCUCUUAUUCCUAUCUCCAUGUCAGGGAUAGCCCCACUUGUUCCUAUAUCCUUGUCCAGAGAUAGCUCCUCUUGGAUAGCUCCUCUUAUUCCUAUCUCCAUGUCCAGGGAUAGCUCCACUUGUUCCUAUACCCCUUAUUCAGAGAUAGCUCCUCUUGUUUCUAUCUCCAUAGAGAGCAGUCAUUUCAUUUCUAUCGAUAUAUCCCAAUCUAUUCAUAUCUAUUUAUCUUCGUUUUUCUAUCUAUCUAUCUAUCUAUCUAUCUAUCUAUCUAUCUAUCUAUCUAUCUAUCUAUGCAGCUAUCUCUGUCGUUUCAUAUCUACCGAUCUAUCCAAGUCUAUUAUUCAUGUUCAUCUAAACUUUUCAAACGCUAUAUUUGCAAGGCAUCCCCGCCAUGUUCUGUUCACACCUUCCUCUUUAUUUAUUGUCUUAUUCUGGGUUAACAAAAAUCAGUGUCAAAUUAAAGAUGACUGA